AUGUUCACCAAGCUCGCCGCCCUCACCGUCCUCGGCCUCGCCGCCGCCCAGACCGUCACCGUGACCGUCACCGUCACUGCCCCGUGCCAGUCGGUCUCGAGCACCACCUCGGCGCCCUCGUCGUCGUCGACCACCUCGGCCCCCUCGAGCAGCUCGACCGCGCCCCCCACCGCCUCGGGCAAGCCCAUCCACCCCAACGGCAACACCAAGAAGUGUCUCGACGUCCAGGGCAACGUCCAGGCCAACGGCACCCCCGUGCAGAUCUACGACUGCAACGGCUCGCCUGCUCAGAACUGGGUCAUCUCCAAGGGCUCGACUGCCGUCCAGCUCGCCGGCACCCAGUACUGCCUUGACGCUUCGUCGAGCCCCGGCAACGGCGUCGGCCUCAAGAUCUGGCAGUGCUACCCCGGCCUCACGCAGCAGACGUGGUGGUACACCGACGACAACCGCAUCGCCGUCCAGGGCCAGGGCCAGUGCCUCGACCUCACCAACGGCGACCUCACCAACGGUGUCCAGCAGCAGACCUGGCAGUGCACCGGCGGCAACACGCACCAGAUCUGGACCCAGUAA